AUUGCAAGCAUAUAUCGGGAACGAAUCCUGCCGUUGUGGUCUUGUUGCGUAGCCUGACUACAGGUGCCCCGCCCAACCACGAUAUCACGACGCAUCUCUGCCUGCCUGGGUGGGGUGCCUGGGAAAGUUGAAUCAACUAUGCUGAGAGAUUUUCAGUGGAGGGCAAUCCAGGACUUCGAGCGAGCAGGGAUGCCGAAGGAAACUGUGCUGCGAGUCUGCAGAUACUGACGAGGCUCGGAUGACGGGUUGAAGCUUCGGCGAAUCAGUGGUUCAAAGACCAUGAACCAGAAGAUUCAGGAUGUUCUCGACCCUAAGUUUGAAAACGUCGAAGUAAUCUAUGCUGCCGUCAAGAGGAGGCAGGCAGGAAUCAUCAAGGCAUUGACGAUGGAGUCGGACGAACUCUUUCGACAAUGUGACCCAGAGACGGACAACUUGUGCUUGUACGGGCUACCGGAUGGAGGAUGGAAAGUUGCACUUCCAGCACAAGAUGUUCCUACAGAACUUCCAGAACCUGCCCUAGGGAUAAAUUUUGCCAGGGACGGAAUGUCACGCCAAGAUUGGUUGACUCUAAUUGCCCUACACAGUGAUGCUUGGCUCCUCGCGAUAGCGUCCUUUUACGGCGCUGAGCUCACCAGAAACGAAAGAAAACGGCUUCUCGUCAUGCUUGGCGACUCACCCACGUCCUACGAUAUAGUCACUGGCAAGAACGUCGACGAUUCUCUUGACUACAGCAGAGUUCAUCACAUCAAGGCCAUCGACGCUUGCAGUCUUCCCAUGAUCACGGGCGGGUCCAAGGACGAAAUUCGAGUAAAGCAAGUGAUCACGGACGAGAAUGACAGAGGCAGAAUGAUCUCGAAUCAUACGUUCUUGGCGCCAAAAGCGGUGACCAACCCCGCAACUCCACACAAACAAUGGGAGCAAGUGCUGCCGGCAAUUCCUCGAUCUGUCGAAAAUUGUAGGAAUCAAUUCGCGGAGCCAGCAAAAGUAGUGUCUGAAGCUCCCUGCGUGCCGGAGAUGGCUCAGUCCAUUCACAUGAACGCAACUGCUGCAGUCGAUGAUUUGUCAGUGCCCCAGGCAGAUCCCGAGGUGCCGGAGGCCAGCGGCUCUGCACCUCGCGAGAGAGAGAGGCCCCCUGCCCGCCUCCGGACCAAGAGGCAAACGAAGCCAAGAAACACGUUCGCUUUGGAUUUCCUCGACACCGUGGACUUCUCGUCAGACGACGACGACGGCGACGACCGUGACGGCACCGUCUGCGAAAUCUGUCGAGCCGGGAACGUUGGCGACAGCGUGACCCACUGGGUGGCAUGCGAUUGCUGCGAGAAGUGGUUCCACUGCAAGUGCGUCAAAAUCACGCCGGCCAAAGCGCAGCAUCUGAAGCUCUACAAGUGCCCGACGUGCGCCAGCAAGAAGGCUCCCUUUCAGCUGUUUUGAAUCUGAGUCCGGGACCACACCGGUCACACCGGUCGGACCGAAUCACGCACGGUACGGUACAGACGAGGACGGGUGACAACGCCUGCUCCGCCCGCGCGUACCUUUCUCUUUGUCGAUGCGACAAGCACGUCUGCGACUGCAAUCACGGUAGACGUACAGACGGAGCCCUCUGUCAGAAGCGGUCGAGGCGAACGAGAAUCGUAGAUUCUGAAGAAACCUCAGAAUGAAGACGCAAGCUUGUACACGUCAGCGCAUCUGAUGCCUUCCUUGGAUUCUUCCCGUGUCGCUGCGCUUACUGCAGUUGGAGGACAAGCGCGCGCUUGAUCUUCGUAGACCAUGUGUAUCGUCUUACUGCGCAAGGUAUCGUAGACGUAGAAGACGUGGGGUCGGAAUACUGUACAUGGACGAAAGGCAAGGUUGUCUCGUUUGGUCGUGGUCGACUUUCCUGAAGCUAGGAUGAAACGCCGGCGGAUGCUGAACAUAGUGGACGAUUUUAUUGCACAGUUCAUGUUGGAAUGUGACACGACGUUCGUAUUAUGUCUAUACGUAGUUAGAAACGUGGAUUGUUCUUGAGUAACCUACUUAGUAGAUUCGAACGAGAUAUUGACCGGUCC